CAGUAAUUUCGCUGGGACUUCCUGCAGAUCCACAAACCGGAACAGUGCACAUAGUAUUUCCUCCUUAUGUCCCGUGUAUUUAUCGUGUAUCAGUCUACAGGCUAUGAACAGGACUUCCGUGGGUAAACAUCAAAUGACAAACCUAGAAAACUAUUUAACUGCCUUUUACUUUUGAUGCUAUUCUGUCCCAUGGCAAAUGACAAGAGACAAUACGUCUAUAUAAUUUCUUCCGGAACCUUGAAUUAGAGGUUAGGAAUUCCCCCUUACAAUGUGCACUAUAAGAGCUCCCACACACGAGGUUGCGGAGGCAGUCCACUCCGACCUCAAAGGGACAAGCAACGAUAUCGUCUACAGAACGACGGCGCAAAGUCUAAAGAUGCAGAUAUCGGUGCUAUUUGUGGCUUUAGCUCUGGCUGUGGUUUCAGCAGAAGAGGCGGAGGAAAACACUCGUCUUCUGCUCGGGGCUCAUCCUCAAGUGACCAGUCAACACAGCCUUACCUUCGCGUCCUCUUCGGGCCCCUUGAGUCCUUCCGGCCUGCUUUUUAGCAUUUUCAGCAGCGCUGCACCAUCGAAGCCACGCCCUCACACGACACAUAGACCAUACCCCACAACGCCCCAUCAGUCGUGCACCUACUGGUGUACCACGCCCGAAAAUCAGUUCUACUGCUGCGAGCACGGGCCCACCAAACCUACAUUGCCUCCUUUCGGGAGACCCGGAUGCUGCCCCGCUGUCCGUCCUGAGUGCCCGACUACCCGCGUCGGUCCUCCAGAGACCUGCUCCCACGACCACGCUUGCACCAGGAACCCCACAGACAAAUGCUGCUUCGACCGAUGCCUGGGGCGUCAUGUUUGUAAACCUGCGCAACCGUGUUAUCCUUUCUAGGAUUCCUGAAGGUCUGACUGUAUUUGGAGCUAAAAAAUAUUCAGGAAACAUUGUUCAGAAAUAAAGCUUUCGAUUAAGUAAU